GUUACUAUGGCAAACUACAAACUUCUGAAAAUUUCUAAUACGACGCGCGCAUCUGAUGUGUUGGCAUUUCUAAUUAGCGGCAGCAGUUGGCUUUUAACGCUUUUCACCAAUGAAAGAAUGCGUGAAGUGGAUUUUUAUUCUCAUGCACUCCGCAACGCGUGUGGCAAAUGGCUGGCGUCCCCAAAAAAAGUUUAUUUGAGGAUUCAGUUGAUAUUCCGUCGCUUCAGUGGACGGACGUGCAAGUGCUUGUAAUCUGACAAAUCAUAUUUUACGCUUACAAAAUGGCUUCAAAACAAAUGUUGGGCUUUCGCACAGGACUCUGCUGCUUACUGUGGUGUUGCAACUUGUGCGGUGCUACUCUAUUUUUCCCGGAUAAUACUGUAUUGGGUCUGAUUUUCGCCAUUGCAGUGCCAAUCGAGUUGCCGCAUCGCGACGUCUUCCUGUCGUACAACUUCGAGGCGAACUACAAUUUACCCGAUAACUUGGGUAUACCUCCGAUUGCGACAGGGAUCGACUACGAUGAUAUCUUCAGUCAAUCUGAGGCCGCACGCGAACUUUGUGACGACUGCACGAAUACAACUACAACCACUACAAUAAAGCCAACAACAAAGAUCCCAGGGAAUGCAACGAGUGAUGGCAAAGAGGAGCCACACCGACGCCAGUUGCGCAGCAAGUUGGAUUCUCUGUUGACGCGUACGCACUUUUACCAUCUACUCAGGGACAAAUUUGAAAGAAUCGGCUACAGUGGCGAACCCUGUCUUCUACGUUUGAUUUGUGAAACGAACUCCUCUGCUCUCGGUGAGGUAAACGGCAUUCUAGGGACAUUACUUCAUAUAAUUUUCUCACCGACCACAUCUGCAAGUGAAAAUCUUCCCCUUUCUUACUAUCAAGCCGAAGUGGACGGCGCUCAUGGGAUGUGCGAACACUACGCGACCGCCUGCGAGGAGAACCCGUUGGACCUGGUUACUGCGCCACUGGGUGAUAUUAUCGAUGAUUUAAUGCGCGUUUAA